GAGCUGCGUCAGCUGGGUCCCCUGGGCUCCUGGCACGGCCUCCAGUCACCCUUGCACCUGCUGGGACGCCUGCCUUCUGGGGAGGGCAGGGGGCACGGACCCAGGGCGGCAGGUCAGGCCCCUCGUGCCCGACGCGGUGGGAGGCCAGCGCCAGGAUGGAUUUCGGGUCCCUGGAGACGGUGGUGGCCAACUCAGCCUUCAUCGCUGCCCGGGGCAGCUUUGAUGGGAGCAGCGGCCCAUCCUCUCGGGACAGGAAGUACCUGGCCAAGCUGAAGCUGCCCCCGCUGUCCAAGUGCCAGGGCCUCCGGGAGAGCCUGGACCUGGCGUUCCUGAGUGUGUGCUCAGAGCAGCCCAUCGGCAAGCGGCUGUUCCAGCAGUUCCUGGGGGCCGACCAGAGGCAUGCGCCGGCUCUGGAGCUCUGGAAGGACAUCGAGGACUACGACACCGCUGACGAUGACCUCCGGCCACAGAAGGCUCGCGCCAUCCUGGCUGCGUACCUGGACCCCCAGGCCGACCUCUUCUGCAGCUUCCUGGACGAGGGGACCAUGGCGCAGGCCCGGGAGGGGCCCGUGGUGGGCGGGGACGGGCUCUUCCGGCCCCUGCUGCAGGAGACCCUGGUGUACCUGAGCCAGGCGCCCUUCCAGGAGUACCUGGACAGCCUGCACUUCCAGCGCUUCCUGCAGUGGAAGUGGCUGGAGGCCCAGCCCACCGGGGAGGACUGGUUUCUGGACUUCAGGGUCCUGGGGAAAGGCGGCUUCGGGGAGGUGUCUGCCUGCCAGAUGAAGGCCACCGGCAAGUUGUAUGCGUGUAAGAAGCUCAACAAAAAGAGACUCAAGAAAAGGAAGGGGUACCAGGGUGCUAUGGUAGAGAAGAAGAUUCUAGCAAAGGUACACAGCAGGUUUAUAGUCUCGCUGGCGUAUGCAUUUGAAACCAAAACCGACCUCUGUCUGGUGAUAACUAUCAUGAACGGAGGCGACCUGAGAUACCACAUCUACAACGUGAACGAGGAGAGCCCUGGCUUCCAGGAGCCGCGUGCCGUGUUCUACAUAGCCCAGAUUGUCAGCGGCCUGGAGCACCUACAUCAGAGGGGCAUCGUCUACCGAGACCUCAAGCCUGAGAACGUACUUCUGGAUGAUGACGGUAAUAUCCGAAUAUCUGACCUUGGGCUGGCCGUGGAGCUGAAGGACGGACAGACCAAGACCAAGGGCUAUGCAGGAACCCCAGGUUUCAUGGCCCCUGAGCUCUUGCAGGGUGAGGAGUACGACUUUUCUGUGGAUUACUUUGCCCUGGGGGUCACACUGUACGAGAUGAUCGCGGCCAGAGGACCCUUCCGUGCCCGCGGGGAGAAGGUAGAGAACAAGGAGCUCAGACAGAGGGUCCUCUCCGAGCCCGUCAAGUACUCGGACAAGUUCAGCCAGGCCAGCAAGGACUUCUGCGAGGCGCUGCUGGAGAAGGACCCUGAGAAGCGCCUGGGGUUCAGAGACGGGAACUGUGACGGGCUCCGCGCCAACCCCCUCUUUAAGGACAUUAACUGGAGACAGCUGGAGGCCGGGAUGCUGACACCCCCCUUCGUCCCAGACUCCAGGACAGUCUAUGCCAAGAACAUCCAGGACGUGGGCGCCUUCUCCACGGUCAAGGGCGUGGCCUUCGACAAAGCCGAUACCGAGUUCUUCCAGGAGUUCGCGACCGGCAACUGCCCCAUUCCCUGGCAGGAGGAGAUGAUCGAGACGGGCGUGUUCGCGGAGCUGAACGUCUGGCGCUCUGACGGGCAGAUGCCUGACGACAUGAAGGGGGUCGCCGUGGAGGAGGCAGCCCCCACGUCCAAGUCCGGGAUGUGUCUGGUUUCCUAGGUGUGCAGGGGCAAGAAGGCCUCUGUGAGCCACCAGAGAAAGGCAAGGAGUGGCCAGAUGUCCCGGCCCAGCUCAGGAGCCCAGCCCGUAAAUAGUCUGCUUCUUCUGCCCCAUUUCACUCAGAGACACAACCGUGGUUCUCAGAUGGCACGUCCCACUCGAGGGCUCUUGUGGACGUCCCCGCCGGCAACCGGGUCAGCCGUCCGGGCAAAGCAUUGCUUGGCGUUUUGGUAUAUGUUUCCUGCACCUUAACUGCACCUUCCCAGGUGGGAGGCAUUCUCCUUGUUGGCUCAGGAGUUGGCAGAGCAUGGCCCGCAGGCUCACGGACACCAGUGGAGAGGCCUGGUGCCCCCCUUCAUGCCCAGACUGUGCCCCCUGCCACCUGCCUGCUGCCAGGGCCUGAGAUACCCACCACCUACAUGUUGGACAUGCUGACAUCUGCCAGGCGCUGGGGGCGCAGUCUCCCAGGGCUUGCGUCACCCAGGCUGUGGCCCAGUGUCCCAGAGGAGGGAAGACGGGGGCUCUGGGGAUGAAGGCGACGGCAGCAGCCUCCCCCUCAGCUUCUCUGUGUCCUGAGAACAUCUCCAGCCGAUGGCAUCUGGGUGUGCCGUUCUCCGGCCCAAGCAACAGCUUACCACCGGACUCUGCCUCCUGGCAAAGCCCUUUCCCGUGCUCCCGUCCUGGGCAAGCUUGGGGCCAGCUGGUCUUGCAACAUGGGGUUUUCUGGCUGAUGGCUAGGGCCAGACCCUGUCGGAAUCCCCAGAGGCAACAGCACUGGAGUUUUGGGGUCCUAACCCUUACGAGCACAAGUAUGCCCUCCUUCUGGCCUGUGGCCCCGUGUUCACUGUGUCCAUGUUUCCAGCUUCACCUUUAACCCCAAGAAUCCCCACGUGCGUCCUGCCUGGAAGAACAGUCUUUGUAGUGGCCUCCAGAUGAUGUUCACUCCUGGGCUGGGAUUUGGUGGCAUUGGCCUUGGAACCCGAGACUGCCCAGGGGGCUCAGGUGGGGCCGAGCCCCUGGGGAGGAGCUGAGAUUUAGGGCCUGAAGUUUCCAGAAGGGUCUACUUUUCCUUAGGAAAUAACUUCUGAGUCCUUGCAACUCAUACACUGUGUCACAUGCUGGUCCAUGCAGAGAGCCACAUGACGUGGCUGUGAGAUGCCGGAUUGCGUGUGGGGGUCACGUGGGAAGACUCCCCCUGGGAGUGUCAGAAGACACCACAGCAUUUACCUGUCGAGUGGGGCUGACGUUGGGUCCUGCCAGGGGCUGCAAAAGAGGGAGUCCUACCUAGUUUUAGCACAUGUCCUGGGGUCACUGCUUCCUUUCCCAGCUACCUCAUGAGAGUCCACCCUGAGUAUUGGGGUGCCCCCACCCUCAGACUGUCAACACCAAGUGUUCAGGGGCCCCCUUGCCCUCAGACUGUCAUCCCUGAGUGUUUGGGGAACCCCUGCCCUCGGGCUGUCAUCCUCAAGUGUUUGGGGAACCCCCACCCUCAGACUCUCAACCCUGUGUUGGGGCGCCCCCGCCCUUAGACUGUUAACACCGAGUGUUUGGGGCACCCCUGCCCUCGAUCUGUCAUCCUUGAGUGUUCAGGGAACUGCCACCCUCAGACUAUCAACACCAAGUGUUUGGGGCACCCCCGCCCUCAGACUAUCAACACCAAGUAUUCAGGGGUGCCCCUGUCCUCAGACUGUCAACACUGAGUAUUUGGGGCAUCUCUGCCCUCAGACUAUCAUCCUCGAGUGUUUGGGGAACCCCCACCCUCAGGGGGUGCCCCCAUCCUCAGACCGUCAAUCCCAAGUAUAUUGGGGCAUCCCUGCCCUCAGACUGUCAUCCUUGUGUUCAAGUAACUCCCACCCUCAGACUGUCAACCCUGUGUUGGGGUGCUCCUACCCUCAGACUGUCAACACUGAGUGCUGGGGGGGUUGUUGCCUGCAGAAGUCCUUGUGCAGUCCUCUGCUCUCUGCCCUCAGGGGACCAGUGGGUCCUGCAGCCAACAGCUCUGGAGGGUUGCCACUCUGGCCCCCACGCCUGCCUGGCACAGGGCCGUGUCGUGUGUGGCCGUGCAGAGGCCAGCCAGGUGGUGGAGAAAAUCCGGCCUGUGCUUCCGAGGACCGUAUGACAUGAAGCCUCUGCCUUUAAAGCACCCUUGGACCAGAAAGAUCCUUCUCUCCUGGCUGUGCAUGUGGCCUGCCAGAGGCAAAAACUGUUCUGGAAGGGCCUGAAGAGACGCCCAGCGCUUUCUGGUGUGUGACCUGGAGCAUCUCUGCAGGCGCCCAGGACCAGGGACAUGGGGCUGUCGGCGGGCAAAUCACCCUCACCCAGUCUUGCUUUGUUUUCCAGAAAGGUGCACGUGGGCUAGGUAAUGGCCAUAUGUGUCACUGCACUGCCUUGUGGUGCAACAAGGACCUGUUUCUGGCUUUUAUAAACCCAUUUAAUCAGUUCUAGGUUCUCAUGGCCCUGAACAAAGAGUGAUUCCAGCAGCUGUGUGGAUGGAGGCCUGGCCUGAAGCCCCUUGGCGUCUGCCAGGGGGGCCCAUUUGCCUGCGUCUGAUGGCCAGAUGGUCAGAUAAAACACAGGACAUCGGAUGCAUUUGAAUUUCAGAUGAACAGCAAAUACUGUUUUUAGUGCGUGUCCCAAAUUAUCCAGUUUGUGAUCUGGCGCCUGUUGCUGAAAUGCUUCAUGUGUAAGUAACAAUUCCUCUGAAUCAGCAGGUCAGGCAUAGUUGUGACUUCAGCGGUCUCUCUGUCAUCGGAAGAGGUCUUUCCCGAGCCCAUAAAACUCAAGCUGGCCUCAGUGCCCCUGCUCCCUGCUCCCCUACCUACAGGCGACCCUGCACACACUUGAACAGUGGUCUCAAGGCGCUAAUUUAGGACGCCCAGUGCCUGUGGAAAUUGCGACCUCCUGUGGGACAUCCCUCCCCCAGCUCUCCUGGGGGUCCCGGCGGUGGCGGGUGGGGGAAGGGUCAGUGCCUGCCGGUGGUUUCUUCACAGUCUCGGGGGAUCUCUGCUGUGGGUGGUCUUCCAGUCCCAGUCCCCCAACCUGGCACCCUCCCAGGGGGCUGGCUGUCCCCCACACGUGAGGCCCUUCCCCCAGCUCCAGCCUGGACCGUGGGGCUGGCCCUGACACGGGUCUUGGGGGCCGUCAGGGAUCUAGUUAGCCUGCAGGCUUGUCUCUGUCUUGGGGGCUGCCCACACUAGGCCGAUGAGGUUCCCCUGCAGAGAUGCCUUCAUUGCCGCUCCUCUUGUCCCACACCAUAGCUGCCAAGGGGUCUUCAGACACCGGCCUGGACCCCUGCCGCAGGGUGCCUGGCACUUGGGCAUCUGUGACCCUGGCCACAGCCUGGUGAGACUCACUGUCAUGGGGUGUGACAUACAUCGUGGUGAAGAUGGCACCCACUGGGUUUUUCCCAAGGAUGGAAGGAGGCCAGGCAGCAGAGGGGCCCUGGGGGUACUGGGAUCAGAAUGACUCAGCACGACUUUUUGUUUGUAAAAAAAAAAUGCAGUUUCUGUUCAAGCAGAAAAAGACAAAAAGGGAAAACAUAAUGGAUUCUGGAUUAUAAUAUGAACGCUAGUUAUGUUCUUUUUUUUCAAAAUCACCUAUACAGACCCCUCUGCAAACACACAUAUACACGCACACAUGCAUGCACACACA